AUGCAGGGCGUCCAGUUUACAACGAGGUUCAACUAUUAUAGGUUGACGUCGCUACUUCGUACACCUUCACACCACGCACAGUCUUUGUUUCACAAAAGCUCGCUCUAUAGAUACUAUUCCACUACCAAUGAACCAAAGAAAAGGGACUGGAGACUGGCCGGACACCCUGCGCCUCUGUCUUUAGCGGAAGAUGCAGAGGGAGAAACUCUCGAUUUGAGCGAAGAUGAACCACCCCCGAGGCGACGGAAGCGCGCGCCGGUGGAAGACACACCAGAGGAAUGGAAACGCCACCGUCUCGCCAUCAAGGAGGCUUUUCCUCAGGGGUGGUCCCCUCCACGUAAAUUAUCUCGCGAAGCCAUGGACGGUUUGCGUGCCAUGCAUACCUAUGAUAAGCAUACGUUUUCGACGCCGGUGCUUGCUGAGAAGUUCAAGAUUAGCCCGGAGGCUGUUCGCCGCAUCUUGCGAAGCAAGUGGGAGCCAUCGAGAGAGCAACGAGUGAGAUUUGCAGAACGGGAGCGACGGUCGAGGGAGGAACGAAAGAUGCAGAGUAGGCUUGAAGAGAAGAAGCAGAACAUGGAGCUGAUUUCUGAGGCUGCGAUGCCAGAGAGGCCCAAUCGAAGAGAUGAGCGGCCAAAAGGGAUUAAUUCGAAGGAUAGGUUAUACUUUGGCUAA